UGGCGCCAACACUGCUGUAAAUUAUUUUUUGCUUCAACAAACCUCCCCUCCACAACCAAGGUUUUUGAGGUAAAACUUAUUGUAGGCUAUGCAAAUGGUCAGGUCAAGGCUGGAUUGUUCAAAUUUACAGUGUGUGGGAACAACUUCACUAUUGUUUCCUCUGAAGCAAACACUAUUGUAUGGAAAUUGGAAGAAAGGACUGAAAUUAACAUGUUUGUAAACGGUGGUUACACAGCGGCAAGUGAAAAGGCCAUCUCGAAAUGGAGGAAAACACAAAUGAUUGUUGUGGUGGUUUUCACUAUUUGUAUACUAGCGGUUUUGUGUAAUCUACUUGUCUUGCCUUUGUUAUUUUCAUCAUCAUCUGAGUAUAAUACACCAGAUAUUCCAUGUACUAGCAAAUGCAGAGUUGUUCUUGUUGAGAGCAUACCGGAGAAUCUGACAUAUCCUGAUGGUGCCCCUUCCCAUGUUUCCACCUACCAAACAUGGUUAAAUUUGAUACUUUCUGCUGAGAAGACAAUUGAUAUUGCUUCAUUCUAUUGGACGCUUCGUCCGCAUGAUCUGAAUAUUAGUGGUGAUUUCCCCUCAGCCAAAGAGGGAGAGACAAUUUUUAAGGAACUCAUGAAAGCUGGUACAAAUCGAAGCAUUCAAAUCAGAAUUGCUCAUAGCAUUCCAGAUGGUACUUACCUGCCAAACCUAGAUGUUGAGGAACUUGUAGCAGCAAAAGCUGCCGAAGCACGAGCUUUGAACUUCACCAGGCUGAUGGGUGCUGGAAUUUUGCACACAAAAAUGUGGCUCGUUGAUGAUAAACAUUUUUAUGUUGGAAGCGCAAACAUAGAUUUUCGUUCCCUCACUCAGGUUAAAGAGCUUGGUGCAGCGGUGUAUAACUGUAGCUGUUUGGCUCAAGACAUGUCAAAACUGUUUGAAGUCUAUUGGAAACUUGGUGAAGAUGGUGCCACCGUUCCACCAAAGUGGCCAGCAGAUCUCAAGACUGACUUCAACUUUAAUAAUACUCUACAUGUCCCAUUUAAUAAUACUGAUGCCAGGGUAGUACUCUCGAGCUCUCCGCCACCAUUUUGUCCAGAAGGGAGGGUGUCCGAUAUUGACGCCAUUCUCCAUGUUAUUGAUGAAGCCAAAAGUUUCAUCAAAAUUGCCGUCAUGGACUAUUUACCAAUUAUUCCAGAAUAUGGAAGUAGAUCUAUUCCACAGUUAUUCUGGCCAGUAAUUGAUGACCGUCUCAGGAAAGCAGCCAUAGAGCGUGGAGUAACUGUUCAAAUUUUAGGGAGUAUAUGGAAUCAUACGUCAUAUAAAAUGCUUCCCUACCUUCGGUCAUUUAAAAUUAUAGAUGAAAUUCGAAACAAUAAAGUUGAUGUGAAAUUAUUCAGAGUUCCAACUUCCACAGACGAGCAGAAGAAAAUUCCGUAUGUGAGGGUAAACCAUAAUAAGUAUAUGGUAACAGAUAAUGUUGCAUAUAUUGGCACCUCAAAUUGGGAUGGAAGUUACUUUACCGUGACUGCUGGUAUUGGCCUGACAGUCAAUAACACUGCUACAGAUGGGCCUUCAGAGGAUCCCAACACCCUCCAGAAGCAACUACUAGAUGUAUUCAACCGAGACUGGAACUCAGAAUAUGCAGAAGAUCUCAUAUUUCCUGCAGGCAACUAAGAGGUGUACUUCUUAAAUAGCUAAACUUCAAUGCAAAAUAUGAUACUUCAAACAAUCAAUUAAAUGAAUUUGUAAAUUCAUUAAAUAUUGAUGUAAAAUAAUGUAUGUAAUCUGAUAAUUGUUAAUUCUGAUGGCAAUAAUUGAUAAUUGUUGUUUGCAAUCAAAAAAUUGUAAGCAUUGUCUAGGUUGACUAUACUAAAUGUUCAAUACCACACUUUUAAUAUAGUGUGGGUGUAUAUAUAGAUGUAUGGUAUGGUAGGGGUCUUCAAUAAUGUGUGAAAAUUUAACCAUCGUUAAAGCCAUGCUCUAGAGGAAAGCACCCAUUCACUGUUGCUGGAUAUUCAUUUGUACCAGAUAUCAACAAUUCCCCCUUCCU